ACUCGCUCAGUACAAAACCCUAGAAACUCUCAGAACCCUCACUCCGUCGUCUGCGUCUUGCUCUCGGAAUCCAAAAAUGCCUCCGAAAUCUGCAAAAUCCAAGGAAGCACCAGCCGAGCGACCCAUCCUCGGCCGAUUCUCUUCUCACCUCAAGAUUGGCAUCGUUGGAUUGCCGAAUGUUGGAAAAUCCACUCUGUUUAACACUCUCACAAAGUUGUCGAUACCUGCCGAGAACUUCCCUUUCUGCACAAUUGAACCCAAUGAAGCCCGAGUCCAUGUUCCCGAUGAGCGAUUUGACUGGCUUUGCCAGUUAUACAAGCCGAAAAGCGAGGUCUCAGCUUUUUUGGAAAUCCAUGAUAUUGCUGGACUUGUUCGAGGUGCCCAUGAAGGACAAGGGUUGGGCAACAGUUUCUUAUCCCAUAUCCGUGCAGUUGAUGGCAUUUUUCACGUUCUACGUGCAUUUGAAGAUCCGGAUAUCAUCCAUGUUGAUGAUACCGUGGAUCCUGUGAGGGAUUUGGAGAUUAUCAGCCAAGAAUUACGCCUAAAGGAUAUUGAAUUCAUUGAGAGGAGAAUAGAAGAUCUUGAAAAGAGCAUGAAGAGGAGCAAUGAGAAGGCAUUAAAGAUUGAACAUGAGUUGUGCCAAAAGAUCAAGGCAUGGCUUGAGGAUGGAAAAGAUGUCCGUCUUGGGGACUGGAAAGCUGCUGAAGUUGAGAUCCUGAAUACCUUUCAAUUGCUGACAGCCAAGCCUGUUGUUUACUUGGUUAACAUGAAUGAGAAAGAUUACCAGAGGAAAAAGAACAAGUUCUUGCCAAAGAUCCAUGCGUGGGUGCAGGAACAUGGAGCUGAACCAAUUAUUCCAUUCAGCUGUGCGUUAGAAAGGAAUCUCGCUGAUUUGCCAACUGAAGAAGCAGCAAAGUAUUGCGAGCAGAACAACGUGCAAAGUGCCCUUACUAAGAUCAUAAAGACUGGAUUUUCAGCGAUUAAUCUCAUAUACUUUUUCACGGCUGGUCCAGAUGAGGUUAAGUGCUGGCAAAUUAGGCGGCAGACAAAAGCUCCUCAAGCUGCAGGGGCCAUCCAUACUGAUUUCGAGAGAGGGUUCAUUUGUGCUGAGGUGAUGAAAUUUGAUGAUCUGAAGGAACUCGGAAGUGAGCCAGCUGUUAAGGCUGCUGGUAAAUACAGACAGGAGGGGAAGACAUACGUGGUCCAAGACGCAGACGUCAUCUUCUUCAAGUUUAAUGUUUCUGGGGGUGGGAAGAAGUGAGCAUCAUACGCAGCACAACGUAUAAUCUUAAUUUGCUAAUUCUGAGAGUGCAUUUCGAUGUCAUUCAUACGAUUGUACACUUGCAUCGUGAAAAUGGAAAAACAAGCGGUAGCGUGUUGUGUGUUGUGUUUUGUAUCGUCGCUUCGGGGCUAAAUUUUUGUUCGGCUAGUUCAGUUGCCACUCUCUGAUAUUUGUUGGAAGUUGAAUGUAGACUUUGUGGAGAGCAAAUAGAUAAAUACAUGAUAUAUCUGAAAUUCCCGGCC